AUGUCAUGGUUACAAUUGGAAUUGGAUGAUUACCCACAAGCUGAACUGUAUGUGAUUGAUUUCAUUGAUGAUCACCCAUCUAAUGAUGAUGUUGGUUUGGAUAAUGAAGUUGUUAAUGAUGGUGAGCUACAUGUUAAUAAUGGUGACAGAGUUGUUAAUGAUGGAGAUGGAGACGUUCAUGAUGAUGAUGGACCUGAAGGUGAUGGUGAUGAUCAACAAGUUGUUCCUAAAGAUCAUGAGGAAAUUUUGGGUGAUGAUGAAGAACAUGAGGCUGUCCCAAUGGUUAGGAGAAUAAGGAAACCAUCUGAUAGGAUAACCUUAACAAAGCUAAAGAAGAGUGUGUAUGACAAAGAUGGUGAUGUUUCUUCAUCUGCAAAUCCAAUCACCUUGGAGUAG